UGGAAUCUCGGAAAUCACGUUUUAUGAUUAUAGUUUUGAUUUCAAGUUUAAUGGUGAUCAUAACAUCGGCUUCAUCGAGGAUUAGAACUAACAAGAAAUGCGAUUUUCCGGCCGUAUAUAAUUUCGGAGAUUCGAAUUCGGAUACCGGAGCGAUUUCGGCAGCCAUUGGAGAGGUUCCUCCUCCGAAUGGUGUAGCCUUCUUCGGCAGAUCCGCAGGAAGACAUUCCGAUGGCCGACUCAUCAUUGAUUUCAUCUCCGAGAAUCUUACAUUGCCGUAUCUCACGCCGUACUUGGAUUCGGUCGGGGCUUACUAUCGGUACGGUGCUAAUUUCGCGACGGGCGGUGCCUGCAUUCGCCCGAGCGGCGGUUGUUUUAGCCCUUUCCAUCUCGGUACUCAAGUUGUACAAUUUCUUCACUUCAAGACUCGUACCAUAUCUCUAUACAGCCGAACCAAUGGAAAAACCCCAUUGUGCAAAAACGUCCUUGCACGUCCCAAUGACUUCUCAAAAGCUCUAUACACGUUUGAUAUCGGCCAAAACGAUAUCACGAUCGGUUUUACUAACUCAACGGAGGAACAACUCAAAGCAUCGAUACCCGAAAUCAUCGGAAAUUUCACCAACGCAAUACAAAUACUCUACAAAGAAGGGGCAAGAUACUUUUGGAUCCACAACACUGGACCGGCAGGAUGUUUACCGUAUGUUCUCAAAUCUUUUCCCGAUACGCCUCGGGAUCGAUACGGUUGUGUGAAGCCUUUGAACAAUGGUGCGAUUGAAUUCAAUAGACAACUCAAGAACAGAAUCUCCGAGUUGAAGAAACAACUUACUUAUGCUGUCUUCACUUACGUUGAUGUCUACUCAGCUAAAUAUACAUUGAUCAGUAAAGCAAAGAGUCUUGGUUUUGCGGAUCCGUUUGAUUAUUGUUGCGUUGGGGCAAUCGGUCGAGGAAUGGGAUGUGGAAAGACGAUAUUACAAAACGGGACUGAACUUUUUAGUAUUUCAUGUAAAAACCCCGCAAGUUACAUAAGUUGGGAUGGCAUCCACUUGACCGAAACCGCAAACAUGUGGGUCGCAAACCGGAUCCUUAACGGGUCAUUAUCCGACCUGCCUAACCCGACCCGAGAAGCCUGUCGAUAUCCGAGGUUAUGAAUAUAUUUACAUAUAUGUAUGUAUGAUUUGGAAUAAAGUUCAUUUUCCAUCGUUUAAAGGCCUUUUGAAACUUUCAGUUUAUUAGGUUUCUAAACCCAUUGUUUUAAAGCGAUCAGAAAACCCCAAAAUUAGGUAAAGGCUACACUCUGUUAAAACUCUGAAAGCCACCGGAUUCACAAUAUGCAUGCCGGCGAGGAACAUAGCAGAAGGAGAACUAAGUGAAGGUAGGAAAUAUAAAACCAGACGUACGAGUCUAGCUAUCAUAUGAUUAGACCCUAACCGCGGUCGGCCACGGCCCCAGGGCUUCUCGGCAUCUCCUUAACCUUCGGAGUAGAUCUCCGGUAGGACGACGAGGGGGGAUAUGACGAUGGCUAAGCAGGGGGAUCCAUACAUAGCGAUGUUGAAGGCGUCGCAUAUGACACCUAUACAAAGGUUUGCUUGGAGAAUGUGGUCUGAAAGGCAAAAAGCGUUAUGGUAUGGCCCCCACCGCUGCCACUGCCAUGAUCUCUAGUAACACCAGCAGUAUGAUGUUUCUCUGUCAUCAUCAUCCAUCAAUUUUCAAACCCAAAUAUAUAUAAACAUGAU